UUGUACUAUUAUGUAAAGGGACAUUGCAAGUCUUUAUAUAAAGGGACAUUGCAAGUCUUUGAUAUGCAUAUUGAGAUCAUCUCAUACAAGGUCCAAACAAAGAGUUUUGUUGCCUGGUUGGGUUUAAAGUUUAGUUUCAUGUUGAGGAACUGAUUUUGGUUCAGAGUUGAUCUUUGAGUUGAAGUUUUGAACAAUUUGUAUAUCUUUUGUGUUACCUUGUUUUCCAUUAACCAAAAACAUGUCCGAUAGCAAGACCCUUUUAACUGCUGUGGCCUCCCUUGCUGCUUCAGCUGUGCUGUUCAGAAGUAUUACCAAUGAGUUUGUUCCUAAUGAAGUCUUGGAAUAUUUUCACUCAGGACUUCACAAUCUAUCUCGCAAAUUGUCCACCCGACUCACUGUCGUCAUCGAAGAAUUUCAAGGCAUGUCCAGAAACCAAGUGUUUGAGGCUGCAGAGGCCUAUCUCACCACCAAAGCCACUCUCUCAGCUCAAAGAGUUAAAGCAAGCAAAUCAGAGAAUGAUAAAAAUCUAUCAUUCGGUGUAGACAGAGAUGAAGAAGUGAAUGAUGAAUUUGAAGGGGUUGAAAUACGAUGGAAAUACAUAUGUAAACAAGCUGAGUCAAUCCGGAAUAAGCAUCGUGAUAUGAAUUCCUCUUUGAGGUCAGAAAUAAGGUACUUUGAGCUAUGUUUUCCAAAGAAACACAAGGAGAAGAUAUUCAGUUCAUAUUUUCCAUACGUGUUGGAGAGAGCCAAGGACAUCAAACAAGAAAAUGAGGCAGUGAAGCUUCACACGGUUGAUUAUAGUUGUUAUUGGAAAGUUCCUGGUAUCAAACUUGGUCACCCCAUGACUUUCAAGACUCUUGCAAUUGAUGCAGAACUUAAGAGGGAAAUAGUGAAUGAUUUGGACAAGUUUGUGAAAGGAAAAGAGUUCUAUAAAUGAACUGGGAAAGCUUGGAAACGUGGUUACCUCUUGUAUAGCCCUCCUGGCACUGGCAAGUCUAGCCUUAUUGCUUCCAUGUCCGAUUAUCUGAACUAUGAUAUAUAUGACUUGGAUCUCACCACUGUCCAAGACAAUAAUGAAUUAAAAAAUUUGAUCCUAGCCAUGUCUAACCGCUCCAUGCUUGUGAUAGAGGACAUUGAUUGCACUAUAAAGCUGCAGAACCGAGAAGAAGAUGGAGAAGCAGUUAAGAAUGGAGACAAUAAGAUAACACUUUCAGGACUGUUAAAUGUUAUAGAUGGUCUAUGGUCAUGCUGCGGAGAAGAACGCAUUUUUAUUUUGACAACCAAUCACAAAGAGAAGCUGGAUCCUGCUCUGUUAAGACCUGGCAGAAUGGACAUGCAUAUUCAUCUGUCAUACUGUAACUUUUCUGCUUUUGAGCAAUUGGCCUUCAAUUACCUUGGAAUUUCUCAGCACGAACUCUUUCACCAGAUUGAAGGGCUUCUCGGAGAAGUACAAGUGACUCCAGCUGAAAUUGCAGGAGAGCUAAUAAAGAUCUCUGAUGUUAGAGAAGGCCUACAAGACAUUGUAAAAUUCCUCCACAACAAGAAAAUGCUUCAGGAACAGACUGUGUGACUGACCACAAUAUCAAAGACCAUGAACUGGCUUGGAAUUAUGGCAGAUAAGAUAAACCAGAGAAGAAUAUCUUCAGUUGAAGGCAACAAAUAUGAUAUUUGAUUCAUCAAUCAUCUUUACAUUGUAAUUCCUUAAAGAGAAAGAACAAAUCAAUAACUAAUAGACUUGAUUUUCAAGUUACAAA